AUGUUUACCCCUCCCCCCCACCCACGCAGCCCCCGCAUCACGCAGUUCACCCCCCCCCCGGAAUCCCACCGCAGUGCCCUCCCCCCCACCCCACCACCCGCCGCCCGCCCACGCCCCGCCACCCCGCCAGCCCCCCCACCCCCGCUGCCCUCCCGACGCCCACCCCACACUCAACCGCAAGCCCGCAAGUUACCACCCCGCCGCACGCAGCAGUUCACGCCGCAACCCCCGGCACUUCCCCUCCCGCUGGUUCCCACCCGACCACCCACGCAGCCACCCCCGCCCGCCCGAUGCCACCCCCCCCGCAGUCAGAACCGCCCACGCACACCAACCCACGCGCCACGCAUCCACCGCAGUCCCACCCCUGACACGCCGCCCCGCCCCCACCCACCCACGCACCCUCCCCCCGACCCCCCGCAGUUCCACACCACGCAGCCUCGAAGUUUCACACCCCCGCACGACACGCACCUGCCCCGCAGUUCCCCCGCCGCUGUCAGUUUCGCACCCCCGCCAGGACCCCCCGCAGUGCGACGACACCCACCCCACCCCUCCACACCCAGCCCCGCCCCGCACGCAAGUUGCUCCGCACCCGCCCAGCAGCCACCCCCCCCCCCGCAGCAGCCGCCCCCACCCACCCCACCCCGCACACGCAGUUCACCUACACGCUGUUGGCGCCCGCGCAAGACCCCCGCAAGACCCGCGCCGCAGCCCGCAGCCCCCGACCCCCCCGCACUCCACACACACACCCAGGCCGCGCACAACGAUCGCACCUCGCUCCCUCGCGCCCCCGCUGCGCGCCCCCCCCAAAUCACCCCCCGCCAGUCCCCAACCACGAUCAAUUCUACCGCCCGCAGCACCCCCCACCAAGCAACCCCCCGCAGGCCGACCCGCACCUCCCAACACCGCGCUCCAACCGGCUGCCCCCACACAACGCAACCGCACAGUUCGACGCAGUACGCAGUUCGUCCAACCAGCCCCCCCCAGCAGUUUCACGCAGUCCAGGCGCCGCCCCCCCACCCCCCGUCCCCUCGCCCUAGCCCCCGCCGCAACGCAACAUCCCCCCCCACCCCGCAGUCCCCGCAGUUUACGCCCACCCCGCAGACACCCCCGCCCCACGCACCCCCACCCGCACCAGCCCAAGCAGCCGCCCGCACGACGUCCGCCCACAACCCCCCGCGCGCCGCACCCCCGCGCAGAGCCGCCGACAGUUCCCACCGCCACCCCCCACACUGCGACACCGCACCCGCAGUUACGCCCAACGGCCUCGCCCAACACGCGAAGAUCCACCCCACGCGAGGCUCCCCGCCACGCCUCCGUUCGCCGCAGUCGCACAAGACCCACAAGCCCCCAGCCACGCAGUUCACCCCCCUCAGCACGACCCCGCCCCUAUCCGCCAAACCCACCCCCCCCCCCCACCCGCAGUCGUCAGCCCGGCCCGCAUUCCCCCCACAACCCCUACCCACCGCCCCCCACCGCCAGCGCUGUGCCGAAGCCGCUCCACUCGCACACUCCAGCAACACUCACACCCCCCACCAGACCCCCCCAUCACACUCAAGACACACACGCCCACCCCACGCAAGUUGCCACCCCACCCCGGCAGUUCCCCCCCGCACGUCAGACAGUCCCGGCCACCCCCCAGCCCGCCCGGCUCCCGCUCCCCAGAACGCCGCGCCCCGCAGGACCACCCCCCGGCGCAGCCGCAGUACCCUCCCCCCAGCGCCGCCGCACCGGCCCCCCCGCAGCAAGGACGCCCAGCCCCCGCAGCCACGCAAGUUUCCGGCCGCGCCCCCCGCCCCGACAGCGGCCCUCCCUACUCCGCCACGCAUCCCCACCCCCCCCCCCCCGUCCCCACCCGAGCCCGGCCUCACCGCGCCCCACCGCCGCCGCCCGCAACCCCUCCCCCCCCCCACCACCCCCCCACACGCAGUCCCACCCCCGCAGGUUUCCGACGCCGCCCUCCCCGCCCCCACCCGACCCACCGCAAGCCACCCCAGCCCCCCGCAGAACCGCCCGACGCCCCCCACCCCAUCCGCAGGUAGUCCCCGCCACUCCCCCCCACGCAGUUAG